AUGUUGGCAAACAUAACUAACUAUCAACAAUCUCAUAAUAAUUCAGUAAACGAGCCACAAAUACUGCACACUUCACAGUACAAUUCUCUAAAUAAUAGUAAUCUAACUUCUAAUUCCAAGGUAACUCAAUCAAAAAGGUCAUCACUGAUACAAGCUCAAAGUAAUUAGAAAAAAGAGUGCAAAUCAGCUUUAAUUAAGGUCAACAUGAUAAGUGAUCUUUAAUAACAAAACUAUCCUAACUAGGAUGAGAGUCUUGAUUUUACCCUCGAUAAUUCUAACAGUAUAUCUAUAAAUUAUGAUGAAAACUCUGUGCUUCUAGUUAAGAAAAGCAAAUAAAUAUAAAUAAAUCUUGAUUCAUUGGAUACUAAACUAAAGGUUCCUUAGCAGAGAAAUGGCAACUUUUUAAAUAGCUAGAAUGAUCAAUCAAUGUUUAUGACAAACGAAUGGGUAGCAGGGUCUGCCAAAACUCUCAAUAAAACAAAACAAGGAAGAUCACGAGGUGAUUAUGAGUAUGGCUAUAAUUAAGAUAUCAAUUAGUCAUCUAAGAAGAGUGUUGCUGCAGACUCUGACAGGUCAAACAUUGACCUAAGACUUCGACAAGAAAAUAUCAUGCUCAGAUAGGAAAUCUUGAAACUUAAGAAGGCUCUUUAUAUGAAUAAUUAGCCUGAAAAUCCUAUAGAUAAAUAAGAAUACAAAAUGGGUUCACCUUAGAAAUUUAAUGAUAAUAAUUAAGUAAUACCAGAAAUAACUGGUUCAAGAGAAUUUUCUCCUGAGAUCAUAAUCUAAUAGUUCCCUCAAGAAUCUUUGAUAAUGAAUAAUUUAAUGAGUGAUCCUGACAAUAUAACUCCUUAUCCGGAAAUUCCUCUUCCUUGCGCCGAACCCUUGAAACCACUAAUAUGCUCAACAAAUUAAAGUGUUGCUAGAGGAGGAACCUUUCAGAGAACUCAGGAUUAGAUGCAAAUGAAUAACUUUGAAGGCUCAUAACAGCUUUAUUACUUUGAUGCUAACAAUCGACAGAUGCCAACUGAUAACAGUCUUUGUUAAAAUGGAGAAUCAAUAGAACUUAGACUAAGUCUUAUAAACUAAGCUACAUUUUAAAAUAAGCUUGAUGGCUAAUUCUAAAGAGAUACAGAGGAUUAUAGGAGAUUCUCUUUAAAAGAUUUAGAAAAAUCUUAUGAAAAUAAUGAGGAGAGACUCCGACUUUACUUGAAUAGCUCCAAUAUUCAGAAUGAUUAAAAUAUUACAGGCUUGAAUAUACUGCAAGAUUCAGAUCAAAAUAUUCUGAAUGAUUUAACUCUGUCUAAAGAUGAUUAUGAUGACUCAAGAGAAAUUUAAUUCCAUAAUUAAUAGCGAGAGGAUCCUUAUGAAAUCACAAAUUAAAUAAAGGCUGACGAUUAUAAUGAGAAUCUUAAUAAAAAGCGAAACUCAUCUGUGUUUGAAAUACAAAGACAUUAUGAGAUAGAAAUUGAGAACUUAAGAAAAGAUUUAGAAAUGAUGAAAAAAGAAGAGCAUAGAAUAAAACAAAAGAUGGAUAAAUAGGAUUUUCCUCUUGUUAAGGAAUUUACGUUUAAAAAUGAUGGUAAAUAGUUAUUUGAAAAAAUAAGAAACUAGAAAUCAUCCAUGGAUUCAUCAUUGAUCUAAACUGAAGACCCUAGUUUCUGUGCAGAGUCUAAAAAGUUUGUGAGCAAUCCUAAUUCAAAUAACCAGUCUUUUAAUAAUUAAGUUACAGCUCAUUAAUCUAAAAUAUCAAGACAUUCAAGAUACAUGUCAAAUGGAAUCAUUGAUGAAUCAUAAUAUAUACCAAUAAAUAGAUAAAUUUGGUAGCCUCCUAGUUUUAACAAUACCUAAAUUAAUACAGUUCACAAUUCUCCAGUUAACUCUAAUAUGUUCAAUUCAUGCUAAAAAUAAGAGAGCAAGAGCAUAAAAAAUGAUAUAAAAUAAGACAUGAAAGCUGAUCAUGUUUAAUCUAUCAAUUCUAAAAAUAUGAAUCAAGAUUAUCAAAGAUUAGACACAGAAGCAAUUGAGUUGAUGUUUGAAAAUCCAUAAAUUCAAAGUGAAUUUCUACCUUUAGAUAUGGUUUCAUCUCAAAAGGUUCGAUAUUAUAAUAAUCAAGAGGAGAUUGAUGAUUAUUUUCCAAGAUUCAUUAAUCACGGGCACUAAUCAGGAGAUAGGGAUUUAAAUACUAGAAUUAAUUAAUGCAUCAAGUUGAUUGAUAAUGUUCAAACGGAUAGACUCUCUGAAGAAAGCAAUUACAAUUAAUCCAUCGACUUUCCAUUUAGAUCAAAUCAAAAAUAAAAUACUUAGACAAAAGUCAGUGAUAUAAAAUUUGAAACGCAAAACUUCUCAUAAGAAUCACCUAUUCAAAUUGUUUAAGUAUCAGCCGAAAAGAAGGAAACUAAACUAGAUUCCCCUUCAUUUGGUGGAAAUAAUAAUUUUAGAUUCCCUAACAUAUAUGAAACUAAUGAGAGUGUAGCGAGUAUAAGAAAGUAAAGAUAAUCAAUCGAUCACACUUAAAAAUAAAGUAGACCUUCUUCUAAUUAAAAAGGAUUUAACUCAGUCGCAAACAAAUCACCUAACAAAAGCUUAAAUAAGACUAAAUUAUUUUAGUAUCCAGCUGUGGAAAAGUUUAAUUCAAGAGUUGAUAAGCCUAAAUCAUUAUUAAAAAAUUACAAUAAGGUUUUAAAUGAGCGUAAAUUUCAUUCAAAGAAGUCAAGUCUACACAGUGUUAAUGUUUCUUAAAAUACAAAUGAUUUUCCAUACUACUAAGACAUGCAUGAUGUAAAUGAAAAAUAUAUGGUCGAAAACAACUAUAAAUCACUAAGUAAUUAACUUCAGCAAAGUAGAUCUUAGUCUCAUCUAAAUAAACUGUCUAAAAAAUCCUCUAAUCAUAGUCAAAAUAGGAAGCCUGACUUUGACAAUUCAGCUUGCAAAAGUAGCUAUUUUUAAGAUGUCAAAAGAAUCUCACUUGCAGAAAACAUAAAAGAGGUCAUAGAUAACUAAUAAAAGAAGCCAAAAGCGUCAUUAAACAACACUCAAAUAUCCUAGGGAAAUAAAAGGUAAUCUACAAUUGGUGGAUAGAAGACCACAGAGCAUAGUAAUAGUCAAGUUAAGAAUAAUCAUGUGAAGCUACUUAAUAGCAAUGGAAAGUAUAAAAAUACAGAAACUGUAGUUAAAUAUGAGACAAGCUAAUAUCAAAGCCCAUUUAAAAAAAGAACUGAGUUUUCAGCAGGAAAAUACCCAAAUUAAAAAUUAUAUUCAUAGAUUUAAUAUGAUAAGCUUUCGACAUUGGAAAAAUUGAGCUAACAAAGAAGAAAUAGCAUUAAUUUAACUACGGUUAAAAUCAACAAGAAUCCUAAAUUUAUUAAUAAGGAUGUGAAUGCAAGGUAGUAACCUUAAGAAGAACCAUAGAUUAUUAAUUACACAGAACUUUCUAAUAAGAUUAAUUCAACAAGAACUCCAUAACCUUAGAGUCCAGAAAAAUUGAGCUAGUAGAGUGAAAGAUUUGUUGUUGAAAAUCAGCUAUUUAUGAGUGUCUUUAAUAAUGCGAGAAAUGUUGAAAUCUUUAAUUAGGAAAAAGGCUGCAUGUCAACAAACAGAUCUGGUUAUGAAUCUACUCUUAAUGGAACUAAAUAGUCUUCAACAAGUAUAACAUAAAAUAGUACUCCCAUUUAAUCUUCUAGAACAUCACCUCAGGUCACUUCUCUAUUUUAACGAUUGAAACCUUAGAAUAUUUUAGGUGAGGAAACUGAAACUCAGUAACAUGAUUAUAUAAAAGUCGAUAAAAAAUCAACUUAGAAUUCAAGCGUAGAAAUUAAGCCAAAAUAUUAAGAGAAACCUAAUCUUACAGAGAAAAAGUCUAGUCUUAAGUCUUUCUUAUAAAUUGCUAAUUCCUCGAAGAAGGUUCAAACCUAGAAUUUAUUCAAAAGAAAUUCCAACAUUUCAUAGAAUUCUGUAAACACAUCUAGCAAUGGAUUGCGGAAUGAGUCAAAGAGUAAGGAUAAAAUAUAAAAAUCUCCUCUAAUAUGCAAAUAGUCAUCUAGCAUAAACAAAUCCUUAUCUAAUACAUUGAAUAAAAGCAAUAUCCCUUAAAAGCCAAAGAUUAAAUCAUCUUUGUUUGUUAAAAAUACUGAAAAAUCAAGAGCUAAUUAGACAAUAGUUAACAAAUCAAAAGACAAAUAUUUUAACAAUUCUAGCAAUAUUACUUUAGAAGAUACUAAUCAUACUAAUAGAAUGAGCCGCCAAUCUAGUAAUCAAAGUUUAUCUCAGAUUCCUAUCUAGCUUCAUACUGAAAAGACAAACUUGAAAUAGACAGUAACUCCAUAGAUCUAUGGAAAAUUGAUUAAAGUUUUUAAUGAAGUCAACUUAAGAAAGUUUGAUCUAGAACCGAUUGUUGAAGAUUGCUGA